UUUUUUUUUUUGCCUUUCUUUUUUAAUAUACUGUUUCCACUGUUUUAUACACUGUUUUAAUUCUUGUACAACUAUUCCAUAACACAUGAUAUAACCCUACGUCCAUGGCUCGAGAAAAGUACUUCUACGAUAUCCUAUCGGUAUCUUCAGACGCAUCGGUCGAAGAAAUUGCUCGAUCCUAUAAGAAGAUGGCAUUAAAAUGCCAUCCUGAUAAAACCAAUCACAAUCCUCAGUUGACAGAAAAGUUUAAAGAGGCCACUCGAGCUUAUGAAGUAUUGAAAGACGAUAAUAAGAGAAAGAUUUAUGAUGCUUAUGGGGAGGCCGGUCUUGAUGGAACGGAGGACGUUAGUCAGCCAGCUAAGAGACCACCCUAUUCAGCCACUUCAACCAGCUCGACCUCCUCGUCGAAUAUUCAUGUUCACUCGGCCCAUAACGUGUUUUCUCAGGUCUUUAAUGAUAUCAAUUCAAUUUUUGGCAAUGAUCCUGCGUCGUCUUCGACUUCAUUUUUCUCGCAGUUCCCCAUGAACAUGAACAUGAACAUGAAUAUGAAUAUGAAUAUGAAUACCCAAGGAAUGAAGAAAAGCGUUCAACCGGCACCUGCUGAUCCUCGUGCUGAUCGUCCUAUUCGUGGUCAGGAUAUUCAUCAUACUUUCAAGGUAACCUUGGCUGAUUUAUAUUUUGGUAAAGUUGUUCGUUUUCAAUUACCGAAAAACAGCCGUUGUAAAGAAUGCGGUGGUCAUGGGUGUUUCCAUCCAAAACUGUGUCAUGUUUGUGCUGGAUCCGGAAGAGUCUUUGUUACUAUGUUUAAUCAAUAUAGUAAGUUUCAAGAAUUGAGUCUGUGUAAGGCUUGCAGAGGUACUGGUUCUUACAUAUCUCCAGCUGAUAAAUGUCUUCAUUGUAAUAAUGGAUACUUAAAAGAAAAUAAAAUCAUUAAAGUUAAUAUUUUACCUGGUUCUAAAAAUGGCGAUCGCUGUAUUUUACAAGGCGAAGCUGAUCAAGGUCCAAAUAUUAUUCCUGGUGAUGUUAUAAUCCAUCUUCAAGAAGUUCCUCAUAAAUAUUUAGUUCGUAGGUUUAAUGAUUUAUACGCUGAAUAUUCAAUUGAUUUGAAAACUGCUUUACUUGGUGGUAGCUUCAUAAUGAAAGAUUUCAUUAUGAAUGAUAAUCAAUUAAAAAUCACAAUUAAUGCUCAUGGUUAUGAUGAACUAAAUGAUAAAUCUAUUCAACAAGGUGAAAUCGUGGGGACAAUUAAUCCUGGUACUCCUAAAAUCGUAAAAGGUUUUGGUAUGCCAAUUAAUAAUACUAUAUUAGAUGGGGUGUUUUAUCAAGAUUCAACAGAAUCAAUCGAUAUGUCUGACGUUAUUUUUGAUAUGAAUCGUUAUAAAAAGGGUAAUUUAUUCAUUAAAUUUAAUGUGGAAUUACCGAAUUUGUCCGAUUUUACUGGUGGGUUAAACGAUUUAAAAGUUUUGCAGCAAAUUUUACCAAAUUCGAGCACUCAAGGAUCUAUUAAUGAUAAUGAGUCUUUCAAUAUGGAAUCUCAUUUAUCUAAUAUUUCUUCUCUCAAUAAGAAUGCUUCAAAAUUAGCGCAAUCUUCAAAUCUUACUCCCCAAUUGAAAAAUGUUAGGGUUAAUAUCGCUUCUUCUCCAUCUAAAUCUUCAAAAUUAUCUGAUAAUAAUUCAGUUUCAAGUACUUCAACUAAUCAUGAAAUUGACUCUCAGAAUUUGAAAAGACCAAAGAGAAACUCCGAUUCUUCAGAUACCCAAUUCAAUUAUGACGAUAUCGAUAUUGAUGAUAAAGUUGAUGGUGAUGAAAUUGAAGAAGAAUUAUUUUAUAACGACAAAUGGUCCAAUAAUGGUAAAAAAAGAAAACGUAACUUUAACGGAUCUUCACCUAGCACGGGUAUAAAUGUUAAUUAAUUCUUCUUUCCCUUUCCU